AAUAUUUUUUCCACAGAUGAAUAAGUUAUAAAGGUAAAUGACACAAUGUUUAUAUUUGGCUGAACUAUUACUGUAAACUAUGCCUUGUAAACAUCAAAUGAAACUGGAAUAUGAAUGUAUAAAAACCCCAAAACCAUUAGCUGUCUCUCUAUCUGUCUCUGCAGUGGGUGAUCAGUGGAUAAAUUACAUCUCAUUUGGGGGUCUGAGGACCCACGCUGAGCUGGAGGGAAGGCUGGUGACUGAACUGAUAUAUGUGCACAGCAAGAUGCUUAUUGCCGACGACAACACUGUCAUCAUUGGUUCUGCCAAUAUCAAUGACCGGAGCAUGCUGGGUAAGAGAGACAGUGAGGUGGCUGUCAUUUAUGAGGAUAUCCACACUGUGACGUCAGUGAUGGACGGUCAGGAGUAUCAGGCAGGACGUUUUGGAUUGAGUCUGCGGCUGGAGUGUUUCAGGAUGAUUCUAGGUGCCAACACUGACCCCAGCAUUGAUGUGACGGACCCUAUAAGUGACCAGUUUUACAAAGAGGUGUGGAUGACCACCGCUGCCCGCAAUGCAACCAUCUACCAGAAGGUGUUCCGCUGCUUGCCAUCCAGUGAUGUUCGGUCAAUUUUGGAGUUGGAUGGCUUCCUCUCUAAGCCUGGUUUGGAGAAAGAGGACCCUGCACGUACUCAAGAGGAGCUGAAGAAGAUUCGAGGCUUCCUGGUCCAGUUUCCUCUCCAGUUCCUCAGCGAGCAGAACCUUCUGCCACCCAUCGGAUCAAAAGAAGCCAUGGUGCCCAUGGACGUGUGGACAUGAGAGAACCUGCCCACAUCACCUGAAUAAAAUAAUAAACUGCAAAUCUAGCAGAUGUACCAGGAAUGACCUAAGCUUUCCUAUUGUUUAACGAACACUUCUGAGACAGAAAAUGAGGUCUGGAGGAGCUUCAGCCAUAAGUUGUUUACCCACUCGGAGUUAAGGACUCCAGACUGGUUUGCUUCAUCACUGUUUGAAGCUUGAUUGUUUAUAUAUUCUAAUACUAUGCAACUAAUAUUAUUUUUUAUGAACUAUUCCCAUAAAUUCUACAAAAUGGUGAUAUGGAUGCUUUUGUGAAGUCUUCAGUGUCCUCGGACACUUGAUUGGAUGCUGUAUAUUGGUUUCUUGUUCAUUAUUAUUGAAUGGUUUUGUGCCCUGUAACAUGCACUGAAUAUGUAUUAUUCUCUGCAUUGAAGUGCCAACUAUGUCUGUGUAACAUUUAUCUUUUCUCUAUAUGAAGUGUAAACAUUCCUUGUGUACUAUAUCUCAAUGUAAUUUAUUGUUCUGUGAUAGUGGACAUGGUCCAUUAAUUGUUGCUUUCCUAUGGUACAAAUUGCCAUGUUUUGGUGGCCUUAUUUGUUUACUGUGUUCUUAAUGCUGGGUAUGAACUAAAAUUCACCAAAGCAUUUUUCUAUUAUGACGAAACGAAGUUGAUUUUAUAAGAAUAACAGACUAGUAUUCAGAUUUAUCCCCAUUACUUGUCUAAAAUGUACAGUAAACUGUAAAAACAUGCUAUGCCUGGAGCUCUAAUGAAGUUUACUAACCAUUCUUGAAAUAAUGAAACCACUGAUCAUCAUAAUUCAUUUAGAAGUACUGAAUCAACUACAACGGCUAUGGUUUAAAUAACCUGUCAGGAUUUCCAUGUCACUGUAAAGAUUGCAGCAUGUGUGUCCCGCAUUCUGAAUAUGCAGCAAGUAUCUUCUAACAGUUGUUAGCCAAGCACUCAAAUGUCUGCACUGUUGACUGUGAUUCUGCACUUUUAUAGUAGUUCAGAAACUGAUUUCUGUUCUCUUUUUGUUUUCUUUUCCUCGUGUCUUUUUACUCCCCAAGAAUUGCAUUUUUGCACAAAAUAUGUAUCGUUGGGAUGUUUAUGAAACAUGUGAAUUGAUGUUAUAGAAAAUUAUUAAACCGUGAUUU